AUGCCUACAAUGUGGCUUUCAGACUCCCAGAAGAUUGGGGUUGCCUUUUGCUCCGGCGGAGGCUUCUUCCUGAUUGGAGGUGUUGGCCAUGGGAAACGUACGCUCAUCCAAACCAUCAACCACCGACCAACACUCACUCAUCCUCCACAGAUCUUGUUCCUAGCCGGUAUAACCCUACUCCUCGGAGUCCAACGAACAUUCCUCUUCUUCGCGCGUCGCCAAAAGAUCAAGGGCACGGCAGCCUUUGUCGCCGGCAUCAUUCUCAUCCUCCUUCGCUGGCCAUUGAUCGGAUUCCUCGUCGAGAUAUACGGCAUCUUUAUACUGUUCGGCGAGUUCUUCAAGACGAUAGCUGGUUUCGCGUACAACAUUCCUGUCGUAGGACCAUACCUUGCCAGGGGUCUUCAGAAGGCAGGAGAGAAGGCCGGGGAGGGAAACAAGAACAAGGAUCUGCCCGUCUAG